UGGAUGAAUGUUAUUUAGACAGUUUUUCAAGCAUGACUAUAUGACUACUAUUUAGACUGUAACUGAAGACCUUGUAUUCUAUUUAUCUUCCAUGAAAUGCAUUCAUCACUCUGAAGAUAACAUAUACUUUAUGUUUGGCAGGUUGCUACGUGGUACUCCAUAAAUGACAUUCUUGAUCUUAUAUUUUAUUGUGCUAAUAAAUGCCGAACUGUAAAGAUGGAUAUGUGUAGAGAUGUUGCAAAACAUCUAAAUGAAGCUGCAAGUGAUUUCCUUCAGCAGGGUUUGACACCGGUUGAUUUGAUUGUUAGUCUUUAUGCUGCUGCAUUGUAUGUUGAUAAUGAUGUUGAAUCCAGAGGUUCAAAGGAUGAAUGCGUAGUUAAAAGUUUGCUUGACAGUGGAGCUAAUCUGCAACACAUUGCUGCCUUGCUUGCUUCAUUAGAAAGUUACUUUUAUAUUGAUGGGAAUGAGAAUGGUGUAACCCACUGCAGUACAGAAGAGAAUUCCGUGGGUACACUUCGUCCAGUCAUGGAAUCUAAUGUUCAACACUCAAAAACUUGUUGCCAUAGGCAUGGAGAAGUUUCCCUGUUCUCCUACUUAAAUGCUUUGGAGUGCUUGUGCAAGCCAUUUUCUGAACUAGUAAAUACAGCAAAGAAACAUAUCCUUGCUGAAUCUGCAGUUGAUCUAUGUUCUGAUAAGCUACAUUAUAUUCAGGAUGCAUUCCAUAGAUUUUGGAAAGUGUUUCUCAUGUGUUCCAGGUGCAGGUGUACAUCUGAAACUGGGAGAGAGAGGUUUCAUGAGAGCCAGAAAACAUUGCUUUGUGUUGCAGUAGCAGAUUUCACAGUCUCUAUCAGGACAAGAAAAGACAUUCAGAGGAGUGCAGAUUGCAUCGAUCAAAUUACUUCAAUGAAGUGGAUUCAGUUUCAUGAGCUAAAAUAUCUCCUCACCUCUCUCUAUAACAUUGGUGUGAUUUUAUACAGAUCCAACCAAGUAAAACAGGCUUCAGUGGCUUUAGAAUUAUGCUGUAGAGCAUCAUGGAUUUGUGUUUCUCUCCUCUGCAAGACAUUUAGGGACAAGUCAGAGGGGAUUCAAGAGGAACUAUCUGAAGAUUCUAUUAUAGAGUUCGUUGUUGAGACAUGUAGAAAAAACGCAUUUCUUCUGGAUGUUCUCCAUCAAUGUGGAAGCCCUGAUGUAGACACAAGCAUUGUAAAUAGCCUUUUGAAUUGGUGCACUGUUGGAAACUAUCUUGAAAGGUUGAGUGGUCCCGCACCCUUGGUGAAACAAUGGGUUAAGAUUAAGUGCAAAGAAUUUAGGGGAGCCGAUGUGGAAGAUUAUGCUCCUACUUUAUAUUCUUUGCUGUUAAAGACUUCUCCAACAUGGUCAAAAAAGACGACUGGCAUCAUUUUAGAGCAGGAGCUUUUUAUGUAUGAAGAAAUGAAUUCCAGUUAUCCGAAACUAUGCCAGAAAAUGCAACUGAAAAUUAUGGAUAUUCUUCUCUUUGAUGUUUAUAUAACAAAGGACGAUUUCUUAGAAAAUUCAAGGGUCCUUAUUUGGAAAGGAAGAGUAUUAAGGGCUUGUGAGAGUGAAGACCUUCAAAUUUGUAUUCAGUGUUUUUCGGAGGCUAUUUAUAUACUUGACGAAGUAUUUUCUAAAUCUUCUGUCAACAGUGCUUUGACUUGCCAUCAAUUAGCACUUGCACAUUGCUUGCGGGCACUUUGUACCCAGGAGGCUGAGCCAAACUCCGAGGUAAUCUUGCAUGAUAUUCAUCAUGCACUAGAGCUAUGGUCGAAUAUAGUCAUUCCAAGGCAUUGUCCUGCAGAUGAGCUCUGUGAGUUGGUGACUAAAAAUGCAAUGCCGUUACUAUAUCAAGUUUCUGAUUUGUUAUCACUGAAGGGUCACAUGCAUUUCCAUUAUGAAAUUUACAAGCUCAUCAUCAUACUACUAAAGCGAAAAAAUGUUCCUCUUGAAAAGAGUGUAGCAAUGCUAUGGGCAGAUAGAAGACUGACCCACGCCCUUUGUGUUUCACCAGUUUAUGAGAACUUCAUCUUGAAAUUCUCAGAACAUUUUGGUGUUAAUUCCGACUCUGUUGGUUUCUGGGUUAAUUGUUUAAAGGAUUCAGAGCCACUACUGGUUGGAUUUCAGCAGAAGUUCUCACUUUCUCAUUCCAUUUCCCCUCAAGAAAAUCAUCCUGAAAAUUCUUUGGGUUCUGAUAUCAACAUUAAUGAAGUAAAAAAGGCUGCAAUGGAUCUCUUGUCAAGUGUAAGAUCUCUUGAAAUAUCACAUCCUGAUAAUUGUUUUUCGUUUAUGCUAACCAUGGCAAUCAUAGUGUUAACCCUUUUUCGUUUCCCUCCCAAUUUGUGCUAGGUUCCAGUGUGCAGUCGUUCCAGUUUUCUUGCUGGGCAUCU